AUGGAUGUGAUUUUGGACACUACCAUAUUUUGGGGGAAAUUUUCAUAUUAUUUUUUAGAAUCUUUGGUUUGCAGGUUCAUUCCCAAGAGAAAAAAGAUUGUUGCUGGAGAGAUUCUACUUAUAACAGGAGCUGGGAGUGGACUUGGGAGGCUAAUGGCCAUAAAAUUUGCCAGCCUUGGAGCCAUUUCAGUUCCAUGGGACUUUAAUGAAGAAGACACUAUGGAAACAUGAAGACUAGCCAAAGAAAAGGGUGCUAAGAAAGUAUGUGCCUGUAAGUGUGACUGUAGCAACAGGCAAGAGAUCUACAGAGCUGCUGAUCAGGUUAAGAAAGAUGCUGGCGAUGUGACCCUCAUGAACAAUGCUGGAGCGGUGACAGGAAAGCUAUUUCUCAACAUUCCAGACAACAUGGUGGAAAGAUCAUUUCUUGUAAAUGUCUUAGCUCAUUUCUGGACUUGUAAGGCCUUUCUUCCUGCCAUGAUUAAAGAUAAUCAUGGUCAUUUGGUCUGUAUUUCCAGUGUAGCAGGAUUAAUUGGUACUAAUGGACUAGCAGAUUAUUCUUCAAGCAAAUUUGUAGCUUUGGGCUUACAGAGUCUCUUUUUUUAAUUAAAACUAAUAAAGAAAAGUAAUGUUAAAACCACCAUUGUUUGCCCAUAUUUCAUCAAAACUGGGAUGUUUGAUGGUGCUACAACCAAGUAA